AUGAAUACAUGCGACGCAGACGAAGAGCCAUCGCGUACUAGGAAGAAACUGAAGCUGUCUUGCUCGUCUCCUCCGAGUGGGUUAUCUUUGUUGCCGGAUGAGAUAGUUCUAAGUUGCUUGGCCCGCGUCUCAAAAUCGGACCAUGCUUCCUUAUCCCUCGUCUCCAAGUGGCACCGUUCAGUAGUGGCUUCUCCUGAGUUGUACGACUUCCGAUCCCUUUUGGGCUUCACGGAAAACCGUAUCUAUCUAUGCUUACGCAUCCCUCCAGACCCAAACCCACGCUGGUUCACCCUCUCCCCAAAAACUCUUAACCUGCGGCUUGUCCCAGUGCGAUCUUAUUUUUACCAGCCUCCGGAAGCAUCUUGCAUGGUGGCUCAUGGUUGUGGGAUCUACAUCAUGGGUGGUAAGAUUGACGGGAGAGCCACGUCGAAUGUAUUGUUUCUAGAUUGUAGAUCUCACACGUGGAGCACUCUCCCUUCCAUGGGGAUGGCUCGAUAUUCAGCCGUGGCGGGCGUGGUGGACGGGAGGAUAUACGUGUUCGGAGGAUGUGAAGGCCGGGAGUCCGGCAAGUGGGGAGAGGUCUUCGACCCAAAGCAGCAGACUUGGGAUGCCCUGCCGAUGCCACCGCCUCGGUGUGAUUUUCCCUUAGUGUGCGAAAGCAUAGUUAUAGAGGAACAGAAGGUGGUUGUUAUGAAUGGCUUAGGGAUAUGUUUAUCCUACAUACCAAGUGAAAGCAAAUGGAAAAAAGGGUAUAGGGAUAUCUCCGGAAUUAAAAGGUGUUGGCAUGUGAUAGAUAAUGUCGUGUACUGCAGUCUAAGUGGUGGGCAGAUAUUGUGGUGUGAGCCAAGUGAAUUGGAGUGGAAUGAAAAGAUGGAGUGGAGAGAGGUGAUGGGCUUGGAGUCUCUCAGGGAUACUCUUGCUGCCUCCAAGAUGGUUAACUAUGGUGGAGGGUUGGAGAUUUGGUGUGCGGAGAUUUCUUUGGAGAUACGCAAGAAGACAUGCGAGAUUAUAGGAAACAUUGUGUGGUCCGAAGCUGUCAUGACACUUGAUCCUCCUCCACAUCAGCAUCACUGUAAGAUAUUGUCUGCUUUACCUCUCAACCUCUGA